AUGGCUACUACACAAAUCGAUGAAUCUAUCGCAAAAUAUGAAGCGUUCAUCAACGACGUCCUAAAAAAAGACCUGAAAAAAGUGGAUUGGCGGCUGCAGCAAAUCAAUGCAGAAAUCACCGAUUUGAUUCAACAAAAACACACAUUGGAAGUGGUGACUUCAAAAGAAAAACAUCCUCAAGGUUUCAAGACGCAGGUGAACUUAGGAUGCAACUUUUUCAUGGAGGCCUCAGUUCCGGACACUUCAACAAUGCUUAUAAAUGUUGGUUUGAAUCAUUAUCUUGAAUUUCCUGCAGAAGAGGCUGUGAAAUAUUUGGAUGUGAGAAUAAAGGCGUUUGAGAGGAAAGCGGAGGAGUUGAAAGACCAGAGUGCUAAGACUAAGGCUCAUAUCAAGCUUAUGUUGUUUGGCGUUGGAGAGCUGCAGGAAAAAGCUAAGAUGGGAUAA